AUGGCCUCCACCAGAAUUGUUUUACGUCCAAUAACCCAUGUGGCAAAAUUGGGCCUUCGGACGGGCCUUUCGCAACCACCAGUAGGCAUAGCAUUCAACCAAACACGAUGGAACUCUGCAAGUACGAAAUCGUCCACGGAUCCAGCAAAAACCAUUGCGAAUGCUUCGAGCGUCGAAGGGUCCAGUAGAUCAACAAGCGCAGCGGCAACGGCCAACGCAAAACCCAAGCCCAAAGAACCGCUCAUGCAGAGAAUCAAACAUGAGAUCAGACAUUACGUCAAUGGAACAAAGCUGUUGGGCUACGAAAUCAAGAUCUCAACUAAGCUGCUAUUCAAGCUUGUUGAGGGGUACGAGCUCUCGAGACGUGAGAAAAAUCAGCUUAAGAGGACGAUGGGGGAUGUUUUCCGCCUGGUACCAUUCAGUGCCUUCUUGAUCAUCCCAUUUGCAGAAUUGCUACUUCCCGUGGCGCUGAAAAUAUUUCCAAGCUUACUACCCUCCACCUACGAGUCCGGCAGCGCCAAGCAAUUGAAAAAGCAGGAGUUGAACGACGUCAGGCAAAAGACCUCCAAUUUUUUACAAGAAACCCUGGAGGAAUCAUCCUUGAUCAGUUACAACUCGAUUGAGACCGCCGAGAAGAAAAAGAAGUUUUUGAACUUCUUCAAGAAACUCAACUCCCCUAAGGAUGGGAACAACAACGUUUUUACGCACGAUGAGAUCGUAACUGUGGCUCAAAUGUUCAAGAACGAUAGCGUCUUGGACAACUUGUCCCGCCCUCAGCUGGUAGCGAUUGCCAAAUACAUGUCGUUAAGGCCCUUCGGUAAUGACAACUUGCUACGCUACCAAAUCCGUUACAACCUGAAGACGAUCAUGGAGGAUGAUAAGAUUGUUGACUACGAAGGCGCCGAAGCGCUAUCCAAUGAGGAGCUUUACCAGGCCUGCAUUUCUCGAGGUAUCAAGACUUUUGGCGUCAAACGCGAGGAUUUGAUUGAAAACAUGAACAUGUGGUUGGAGUUGAGAUUGAGACAUAAGGUACCAAGCGUGCUGAUGAUCCUCAGCAGUGCAUACACUUUUGGUGGUCUUCAACUGGAUGACGUCAGUGCUCACUCUACGUCUGCCGCAAAGGUCGACGACACCAAGUUCAACAAGCUAAUGGAUCUCUAUUACGAUGGUAUCCUGCAGGUGUUGUCUUCAAUUCCAGAUCCAGUGUACAAUGUAGCCAAGUUGGACGUCAGCGAGUCUAAGGAGCAAAAAUCUGCUGCUGAAGAAGAACAAGAAGCCAAGACAAACGAAGCAGCUACCACGAUCCAAGGUACCGAAGCUCUUCAAACGUCCGCGGCAGAAGGUUCUUCAGUGACCACCACCGAAGGAGGUGCCGCAGCUGAAACGAAGACCGAAAAAGAACCACAGACACCUAAGGUUGAAGCACAAAGAGAAGAAGAAGAAGAAGAAGACACUGACAUUCGUCGCUCAGAUGACAACGAGUUUAAGCUCAACGUUUUGAAAGAACAGGAAGCGUUGAUCAAAAAGGAAGAAGAGGAGGCUAGACUAAGAACAACAUCAAGGCAGGCAAUUGAAGACGACAUCGUGUUGGAUGAGGAUGCUUCCAAGCCUCCUGUUCCAAUCAAGGACGCUGCUGAGAUAUCACUUACCAAAAAAGAUUAA